ACAAGAAGAUAACACUAUAUUUAAUCUACGGUUCUCAUUAAACCAUACCGGGGCAAGUGGGCGCAGUGUAAAUUGUUUAGCCAAUAGUUAAGUAAGUUGCACUGAUAAAAUCAGUUUCAUUUUAUCAGUGUCCACUGCAUGACGUUCUCUUUGUGUAAAUAAUAUACUUACCUACACAGCUAGAAGCUGCUGUUUCAAGAGUUGGACAAUAUUCUUGUAACACAUUAAUACUACCAUGGCGAAACCGAAGGCUGGAAGGAUGCCCAUGACGGGUCUGGAGGUACCGAAGUGUCCAGUGUGCAUGGACGAUAUGACGUCACCGAUCUUCCAAUGCCAAACUGGCCACAGCGUCUGUCAUGCUUGUACGAAGGAGCUAGUUCCGUCUAAGUGUCCAUUGUGCAGCCAAGUGAUGACGCAAAUGAGGAACUGGCAACUUGAGGAGUUGGUGGACAAGGCUAAAAAAGAAUGCCCUAAUAAAGCAGUAGGUUGUGGCUACAUAAUGAAUGCUUCAGAAAUAGACAAUCAUCUUAAAGAAUGCAUAUUCCGUGAGAUGAACUGCCCUCAUGGGGAGAUAUUUGGAGCCUGUUCUUGGUCAGGUAAAAUAAAGGACCUUUUUGAGCAUUUCAAAAGCAACCAUGCAGAAAAUUGCAGAAUUCGAUUGGACCAAGAAUCAGAAUUAAAGGUUAAUUCUUCUACUGACAACCGUUUAAUGUUUAUGCUGUCUCAAGGAAAAUACCUUUUCCUCUUCACCAUAAAAAUUGAUACCUAUCAGAAAAUGAUUUACUAUGUUGUCCAACACAUAGGCAUAAAAAAAUUUGCCCAACAGUUUGUAUAUGAAAUCAACAUUGUCAGUAAAAAGGACAGUCGUAGAAAAGUCAUUUUCAUCGACCACUGCUAUAGCGACACUAGUGACAUUAAAGAGAUUUUCAGUAAUGGAACAUGUGGCAUAAUGCCAUUGGGAAUGUUUGCACAUUUUGUGGAAAAUGACAGGAUCACAUUAAAAAUAUCAAUUAAAAAUGAAGCCUUUGUUAAGAAUACCAAGGACUAUGCGAAAAGGGAUAAAAAUGAGUUUAUAAAGAAGGGACCAAAUAAGAGCGAGAAACCAAACUUUAGGAGCAAAAGUCCUGGGCCACACAUGGAAGACUGUAAAACACCACAUAAGGGUCCUAGAGGGCCCAGAAAACAGGAGUCUCAAAAGUAAUUUGUGAAGAUUAGAUUGAAAGUUAACUCUGGGUUGAAUAUAAUCAGUGUACCUCUUUCAUAAGCUAACCUACAAAGAACAUGAACCCAGAUCUUUAUUUCCUUAUAUUUUAAUUAUUAUUACGGAGGAAAAAAAUA